CAAUACACAAUCAUUAAUCAACCCCAAGCCUAAUUCUCAACAGUCUCCAACUUCUGAAGCAUAACGAACAGCACUAGUUUUUUAUAUUCGUGAACAUCUUUAAGAAACGUUGAGAUGAUUUCCCUAACAUAAGAUCCUGGAGGAAAUGGAGGCUAUCACAUCUGUCCUGUAGGAUUCCCCCUUCACAGAGCUCAGCCAUUUAGGUGUUGUUUUAGCUCACCUACUACUGCCUCCACCCAAUCCUGUCUUCUUGUUGGGAAGCUGACCUCCCUAUUGGCUACCUCGUACCUUUAAACUGUCUCCUUGUGACAUCAUUCUCCCACCAACCUAUCACCACCUGUAGAAUCUUGGGGUUUCCACGGAGUUGUUUGUAAAUAGACUUGGAGCAUCGCAAGUGAUCAGUGAACUUCAUACUGGACACAUGUCCUCUUCAUCUCCAGUCACUCAGACAUCUUCUAGGUUCUUCUCCUUAUUUCUUGGAUCUACGGUUUGUGUUUCCUCUUCUUCUCUGACCAUGUCAGAAAAUUUCCAAAAUCCAUUUUUACUUGGAACUCCAAGUUCUCUGCAGCUCUCUCUUCCCAUGGGGAGCCAUGCAGCUUCUUCCUUAACAGGAAGUGUCUGCAACUCCAGGGUCUCUGCUCCCGACGCCAGUUCGACAUGGCCGCUGCCAUCAGUCUCUGGCAUCUCUUUCCAGCCACUCACGGGUAGUGCCUACUUUUACCAACAUUCUGGCACAAUCAUGUUGUCUGGAGUUACUGGCCAGAGCCAGCUCUCCACUUCAGCUGCUUCCUACCCAUGUGGUUUUGAGUGGAACAUCACAGGAAGCACGGAAAAGAAGUCCUCUUCCCUUGGAGACUUCACUGAGACUGUCACUGACCAGAACACAGAUGCUAUGGCGGCCCAAUAUGAUAAGGCUUCAGAUGCCAAUAACAUGGUCUCUCUGUAUCCAUCACUUUCUGCAAGCCUUGUUCAGGGAACACCAUCUCACAUGCCAAUUCGGGGACAUAGACUGUCCCCUCUUUACCAGCAAGGGAGCCGCGUAUGUUACUACAAUCAAGGCACACCGGGGCCUCUGCUAUCUGGAGGACUUGGCCCCUGCCUGCAGCCCUAUGGCUCUGUGUCUCAUACAGGAAGGAAGGCCUCUGCCCCUCAACCAGGAAUGGUGACGGCGCUAAAGGAGGUUCAGCCCGCAGAUACCCUCCCACCAGGCUCCACAUCUAGAAUCUACUACUCUGCGUCUGCUCAACCCAUCACAGAACCACGUUUUCAAGUGAUGGAGACUUCGCUGGGGAUGGAGACUUCCCUGGGUUUGCGGCCUCCAAGCCAGACAUUUUGUCUGCCGCAAGGUCCAGAAUUCCCCAAGACCUGCAGCAGCAGACAUAUCCACACACUGGAGGGUAACCCACCACCUGAGGCUGGAGGCAUUUCAGUGACAGCUUCAGUCCAGAGUUCCAGUAAUUCCUCAGCGCUUCCUCCAGGUAGAAAUAAGGAAGAAACGGAGAACAACAGUUUGCAUGAUAUUAAAACCAAGCCUUCAAAGCCUCUGGAUGCCCCCUCCCAGAUCCCCACAGAAGACCAAGAUGAUGCACUCCUCCCUUUACAAAUCCCUGAUAUUCACCAGCUCCUGGCCUGCAUUGAUCCCCUUGGCCAAGAGAGGCAGCCUGGUUCUGAAGACACUAACCUGGGAAACAACAGCCUGAGCCCUGAGGACCAAGGGACACUUGGAAAUGAGGCUGAAUCGAGCGGCGGUUCUGCUAACAUUGCUGCGGUGGAGGACAGUCACCUCCCUCAGCUCUUCAGCUCCUUGAAAGACCUCGAUCAGUCCAAAGGUCCCGAGGUGGUCAAAGCCAAAGAUACCAGAGCCAUCGACUUAAACCAGCUGUGGGAAAGGUCACGUAUCAAAAACGGGUCCUCUGGUCAAGCCAGGAAGACCAAACAUAAGGCCUCUGAGCCUGUCAGUGCUGCUCUGAAGGCCAAAAUCCAGCCAAAGGACCCGGAGGGUCUCUUAGGGGGAGACGUGAGCAUCUGUAAUGUUGCAGACGGUGACAAGGUUCCUAACCGCAAAUCUGCAAGAGCUGCAUCAGGCGGGACCAGCAAAACUAGGAGCCGUGAACAGGGAAAGACCAAAACAACCAGAAAAAGCAACCCCAAGAAAGCUGCAGAGGGUAAGCAGUCCGGGAGCAGAGCCAGGGCAGAAGAAAAGGCAACCAUUCCCAGGAUGAAGCGCAAGAAAAACCAACCUGAGCUCAGCCAAGAGAGCUUUAAAAAACCUCGAAGCAUGCUAGGCAUGCACAUGCUGGAGUCUGUGCAGGUUUUUCAUGCACUGGGGAAGAAGGCUGAUAAGGAAACUGGAUUCUCUUCUUCCCAGGCCUUGGGAAAUUCAAGGAACCCCAAAGACCCCCAGCCACCCCUGGCCACCAAACCAUGCCUGAAUACUCUACAACAGGGUAAAGGUCUUGAGAAAACUCAUGCCAAAGCCCAGAAACCAGACGGCAGUGUCAAAAAAGAGUGUCCAUCUCCAUCCAAGGAUGAACGGCCACCUCCUGGGAAGGUCACGUUGGUGCCUCUGCCUUUUCUGACUGAGGACAGGCCUCAAGCUCGCCGAGUUCCUCGGAGGCCACAGUCUCUGGCCUCACGCCGGCCAGCUCUGGCUUCCUCUACCCAGCCUGGAUCUACGGACGCAGCUCAACCUACUGCAGUUGGUUCGUCCCGGCAAGCGCGUGCACCUUUGACAGGUCCUGCCUGCUCAUCUCUGGGUCCAGUCCAGACCAACUCAACCCAACCACACCUGACCAACUCUACCCAGCCCAGGGUCACCCAGUCCGCUGCUUCUAGACCUGCACCCUACAGAACAUCAUCUUGCACUCCUCUGCAGCAGGAGCCCAUUCCCACUGCUGUGCCCCAGCACCAGCCUCCACCCGAACCUCAAACCCAGCUUCCACCCCGAGAAUUCUGCUUCCAACCACAUCCAUGGAGGAAACCCAAUAUUUCUGGGCCAGUAACGUCAAAGCCCAUCACAGAAGAGCAGAGGCCAGAGCGGGAGGCUAUGAAGAGGCAGGCUCAACAAGAGCGUGAGAAUGCCGCCAAAUACACCUUUGCAGGGAAAGUACAGUUUUUCACCGAGAGGGAAAAGGAAAUAGAAAUUGCUGACUACUAUGGCUACGUAACGUAA